AUGGAUGUUCAAGGGAAUGCCCAGCCCGAUCGCGUGCGCAAGCGUCGCCGCCGCACAAUGGCGUGCACGCAGUGUCGCACGCGCAAGUUGCGAUGCGAUCGUGAGUAUCCCACUUGCAGUCGCUGUUUAAAGAGCAGAACUCCGAGCAAAUGCACAUAUGAAGAUGGCUUUUUAUGGCAGCAACCCACCACCGUCACGACUACUGCAUUCGCCUCCGACCGAGGGUCUGCGGUAUCUAUGCCCAGAGAUACCCCGGUCGACACACCUCCGGAUUCGGGGAUACCGACGGUGUCAACUCGGUCGGAACCUUUCCCUGCUAGUGAACCACCCCCAAGGCUAUGGCUGGCGGUCCAAUGCAUCAUGAUUAUCAUGGUCUUACGGGGCAUGCUCUUGCACCGCCCUACAGAAGUCGACCACACGACAGAGAGCGAAAAGACUGCUUUUUGGAAACUGUUCUUGGCUGCUGUCAAUCAGGAACCUUACGUGAACACGGGUGUUUUACAGCGUCCUAAGCGCCCGGCGCCGGGAGCGGAGCAAGAUAUGCAAGCACCGUUGCAGGUCGACGAUGCGCACAUUGACGAAGAAGAGGACCCGUUGUCAACUACGGACCAGCUCGACCUCGCUCCUCGCAUGAUGAUGAGGGGCCGUGAAACUAAAACGCGGUUUAGCGGAUCGGGCAUCUUUGCCAGUCUAGUAGCACAGUUUCCGGACAUAAGAUCAUUUGCAGAGGAGAUCAGGCUAUCUACCCCAAUUUUCGCGCAACUUCAGCCGGACCUGAGGAGGGUGAAGCGCGGGCUAUUCAAGGUCAUGGUGCUCAAUCGGCCCUUCCCCGACCCUACUACGGCUUCGCUAAUUAACAUGCUGCCCUCGCGCGGUGUGGUUGAUGAGCUCGUUGGGUUAUAUAUCACUUAUAUUGAGUCCACUCACCGCAUUCUUCAUGUUCCAUCAUUCUUACGUGAGCUUGACCAAUUCUGGGCCAUGUUAGACAGCCCAGCCUCAAUAUCUGCUGCCUUUACAGUUCAGGUACUGUUGGUCCUUGCCUGCGCAUGGAACCUUGCGGAUUUUGCUAGUCUGCAGUCAAAAAGUGUGGGCGAACUCAAGUGCCAGUCUGCAGUGGAGUGGACGCUGCACGCCGGAAAAUGGAUUGAGAAUCUCCACACCAAGCGCCCGGAGAUCACAUCAAUGCGACUCUCUAUUCUGUUGAUUUUGGCGCACAACUCUCACGGAAUGAAACGCAGCCAGGCUUGGCUCACAACAAGUACAUUGGUCAAGCAAGCAAUGAUGGCAGGAUACCAUCGUGACCCAAGCCGGUACACACGAAUAUCUGUAUUCAACAAAGAGAUGCGACGGCGAUUAUGGACAACCAUUAUGGAACUGGACCUGCAAAUUGCUCUUGACCGGGGAAUGCCACCGUCAGUACAAAGUUUCGACUAUGACGCGGCUCCAGGGCUGAACAUUUACGACGACGAGAUCCACGAGAACAGCACUGAAGUUCCCGAAAGCCGGCCACUCAGUGAAGUUACGGACUCAUCGUUCCAGUCUAUCCUAAGUCGCUCGCUACCUCUCCGUCUUCAGGCAUGUUCUCUCAUGCACUCCCCACGGAUCAGCUGCCGAUAUGAGGAUAUUCAGCGCCUGGACGGUGAGCUCAACCGACAUCUUUCUCGGAUUCCUGCAUGGGUGACAGCAGACGCCAACGACAUCGUCACACAACACAAGGUAAUACUGUGGAAAGGGUUGAUUGAGACCAAACUUUGCCAGUCUCUACUGUCUGUCCACACCCCUUUCGCUAUUGAAGCACGACGGGAAUCACUAUUUGCUCCCUCCGCCCGUUCUCGCAUAGAUGCCGCAACUAGAAUACUGUCAACCCAGCGCCGGUUACACGACAUCUCGCGAACGCUAUCGCUAUGUAUGCUUGGUGAAUGGACUAUCCAAGCCUACAUUUCCAUCUGUCAAUUGCUACACACCACCGAAUUUGACACCUCUGCCCCCUCCUAUCCCAUCUCAUCGACCUUCAUUCUCCACAAUAUACCCGGUAUCCCCGAAUCGCUCCUAUCACUCGUAGAAACAGCCCUUAUUGCCUUGGAAGAGCGCUCCCUUUUGAUGACCAAGGGAGCAAAAGACUAUUAUUUCCUCUCGACGAUCGUCGCACUAGUCAAAUCCCGACUCUGGCCCACACAGGCAACUAUGUACAAGCAGCAGGUUGUUGAGCGGGUCCUGUCAUUUGCACAGAUUCUCUUCUCUCGGCACAUGAACUGCGACCACCUCGGCGACAAAGGGUUGGGCAAUUUUAAGAAUAACCAGCUGGCUGCAUUUAUGGCGGCUCCAACAAUGGUGCCCGUGAUGCAGCCCGAAUUUGAUCCUAACGGGAUGCACCCGCCGCCUCAACCUGGCGCGAUACCGACUGGCGAGUUCGAUCCUUUCUUGGAGAUUUUCGAUUGGGAGGAUCUGACAAGUAUGACGUUUCCCUGUUGA